AUGUCAAUAACUAUCUUAAAUAGUCUGAGAAGGAAAGCCUCGUUAGUUCCAAUGAACGAGAUCGCCGAAUACCUAGCUGAUCCAGUAGUCUCAGCAACGACUACAGUGUUGGAUUGGUGGAGCUGUAAUUCUGAGCGUUUUCCGUACCUUUGCAUGAUGGCUAAAGAUUUUUUGUCGCAGCAAAGUACAUCCGUUGAGAGCGAGCGUGUCUUCUCAAGAGGGGUGGACACCGUAACAAAGAAAAGAAAUCGCAUGGCCUCCGAAACACUUAAACAGUGUUUAUGUUUAAAUUCAUGGGAUAUCAAUAUCAUGAAUAAUAAAUUUUAUACAUAA